GUGAGAGCUCUCAUGAAUAUUAUAUAAUAUUUCAGAUGCCUUCUCUGAGCAAUCCGCCAAAUAUCUACAUGGUUGCAAAUGAGUAUGGCGACUUUGGACCUCCCCCCAGCGAAAGUUAUUCUGCUCGCCGUUCAAGCGGCCAUCAGAGCAGAUAUCAGGACACUUCACGCCUUGCUAGCUACCCACCCAAAGACGCUACAUGACUUGAUUUUGCGAAUCCUCCUCACCUAUCUCCCUGAGAGUCUCGACAGCUCAGAAUAUGUCCAGCUCCUUGUCGAAUACGAUUCCGGCCAUAUAUCAGGAGACGAAACUGUCAUAGAUACGACCCCCAUCGUGGGCCUCAGCAAUGCAGCUGCCAGCAAGAAGGUCCGGAAGCUUAGACUUCUGUCUUUGCGAAUGGACCAGACCCACGACGAUGCGCCCGACGACCCGUUAAUUCUAUUCCUUCUGCACCGAGCCUAUAGGAUUGAUCAACAAACUGGCUUGAUUGCUCAGUUGCCAGAGCUCCUGGCCCCAUUUCUGGAACGGUCCGAUUAUCUCAGGGACUGGGUGCUUGCAACUGUCCUCCCGCUCUUACGGCGCAACUACGAAUACCACCCCGCAGAAACCGAGACGCAGUCCCUAGAAUGGUUCGAAAGUUUAGGCACAGUCGAAGCCGUGGACUUUCUAUUCUCGAAAACCAUGCGUACCGACAAUGGGAACGAGCUGAAGGACAGCACAUUGGCUCGUGAUCUUCGCUGCCUGGCUGGACCGUGGCUUUAUGGAAAUAAUCAAUGGAAGCGUCGGAAGAUGUCGUUAUCAGCAAUGGGAGCGCAAACUGUUGUGCCCUUGAAAGGCGCUGUGCCUUCACAAGGCUCACAAUAUCAAGAUUGGGAUGCGGUAUUUGCUUGGAUCAUAAACCAGAAUCCCGCCUCGUAUAUCGCAGUUUCAGAUGCCAUCGAGCAAUGGGGAGGAUCAGCUGAUGUAGAUCUUGGUAGCUAUGGGGACUCGGACGCAAUGCUUUCCCAAGAAGACCGCCGUCAAAUCAACGAACGCUAUGGACACUGUGCUCUCACUGCCUCCUUUCGUAUGCCUGGAGACUCCAUGCCGGCAUUGUCAGAGGCUCACCGCAUUUUGCGUAACGUCAUCACUCGUUUGAAGCUGCCAUCAAUAAGUUCACUGGAAACAGCCGCGGGUCGGCUAGCCCCUGUUCCCGACCUGUCAGAAGAUGGGAAGCCAGUAAGGGAACAUAUCGAAGAGCUACUCUCCUUCCUAAAGAAUGACGAGCAAGAUUUCUCGGCUCCGACGCAGGCAGCCGUUGACCUGCUUCAAGCCCUUAUCACAAGCUCGUACUUGCUCCUCAAAGCUGGGGCUCACACUUCUAUUGAGAAGACCGGAUCUAUGCUUCAUAACCAACCCGAGUCGUAUCAGCAUACAGUCUUAAAAGAAUAUCUGAAUAAGUUAGGAGGCUCCGCAGGUGCUGAUGACAAGCUCUGGGUAAGCGCAAGGAAAGAGGUAUUGUGGCUGCAUGAUUGGGGCAAACCCCCAUCUUCGGAAGGUGCAACUACCCAAAGAGGCCGUGGUGUUUUGGGUCAAAUACUCCGAGGUGCGGUGGAAAAAGAGAUACUGACUGCUCUUUUGACUCAUGGUCGCUACGCUACUGCUCGAUCUCUAUAUGAAAACUCCCCAGAACCCCCUCUAUCCAAAGAAGAACUAUCCUCCACAAUUAUUGCCUCAGCAAUGCACGCCUUCAACAAUGCCAACAACCCCAACAAAACCCGCGGCGGCGUCAAAAAAUGUCUCGACAUCCUCAACGCCUUCCCCGACACCCUCCGCACCUCCCUCCCCCGCGACCGCAUCCUCCAUCUCUCCGACGCCGCCAACCACUUUGCCAACUACCGCCUCGUCCUCAACUCCGGCUCCCCCUACCGCCCCUCCGUGAUCCACACGCACGGCGACCCCAUCGCGCUGGUCGAGAAGGUCCUCGCACAAAACACACGCACAUACACUGACAUCGACAACUUCCUCUCCUUCGGCUCCAAGAUCGUGCUCGCGGGCCUCACAGUCCGGGAUCUCGAGGGGCGAUCCCAGAUGUCGCCCGAGCAGGUGGAUGAGCAAAUGGCUAUUGCGAGGUGGCGUAUCACGAGUAUGUGUAUCGAUGCCGCGCUCUCCGAGAACGAUUUCGAGACGGCUUACUCGUACGUCGUUAAUCGCCUCCCCUCCAUCAGCGGGGACGCUUACUCUAAACCCCCCUCCUCUCCCUCCUCCACCCCCCUCCCAAAGGGCGGAGCAGUCGCCCACCCCCCCCUAAAGGUCCUCGACAACUACUCCUGGAAAGCGGCCUUCCAAACCGGUAAAUACCGUCUCAACGCGCACACCCUCAAGCCCAGCCACGUCGGCAACUCCAGCGCCAACCCCGAGAUCCGCCAUCUAGAGCAACGGAUGGAAUGUCUCUCCCAAGCCCUCCUUAUCGCUCCUCCCCCCGCACUCCAAGAAAUCCUCAAUGUAUUCAGACGAUGCGAGGAGGAGCUAGAUGCGAAGAUUAGACAGGAGGCGGAGCAGGAGGAUGCGUGGGAUGAGCAGGGUGAUGAUACGGCUAUGCCUGGUCGGUUUGGGAUUGAUCCGCCCCCAGCCACCCUCUCCAGGGCCAGCGCGCCAAUGAGUAGUGCCAAAUCCCGUACUGGGGCGGAGGCGCCGAUGUCCCUCCUUGAUUUGACGCGCGCGAGUGCGGCGCAAGCUCAGAGGUCGAUUGCGGCGUUGACGAGUGUGAAGGGUGGUGGUGGGGGUUCUGGUGCGGGUGCGUAUGCGGAGAAGGGAGGGUGGGGCGGAGAUGGAGGUGUGGGUGGGGUGGCAGAGGAGGCGGAGGAUGGGGUAAAGCAGUCUACAGUGCGGAAGAGGGAUCAGCUCAGGAGCGCGGCGAUGAGUACGAUGAUUGGAGGGAUUGGAUGGGUUAUUGGGGCGCAGACGCCUGCGGAGCCGCAGGGGCGGGAUGAUGAUGAACGCGAGGGGAGAUGAAUAUGUAGAUAUGCAUUGGGGGAGGGAGGGAGAUGAUGGUGAUUGCUGGUAGAUUAGCGGGCGUUGGUGGGGAGGUAUGGUAUGAUUCAUAAUGAAUGGAAUGGGCACAAGUGUUAUGAAUGAGGCUUUGGUUAUGUUGUGUUGUGGUUUUUGUGGUGUAUUAUAUAGUGUAUGAUAGAUAGGUAUGGUGGUGAAUAUUUGAUAUUUGAGGCCUCA